AUGGAUACGGAAGCUACCAAAGCCGCAGCCCGCGCAGAGCGGCUCAAGCAGCUGCAGAUGGAGGACCUCGGGUCUGCUAGGCGCGAAUAUAUCUCUACCGCAGACAAGAAGAUGAGGCAGGUUUCGAUGCAAGCUCUAGAGGCGGCUCGAAUGUCAAAUGUGCGUGGUUCGGAAGCACAACGCACCGCCGAGGCCAACAAGGACAAGCUCGCUGAAUGGGCCAGAGACACCGAAGAUCUGGAAAAUCUGGACACUCUCCUCGACGGCCAGACUCAUCGGUCCCAAUUGAACCUUACCAUCCGCGGAUCCGGUGGUCAACCCUACACACAAGAAUACGGCAAGGGCAAAGCUGCGGUGUCUAAGAAUUCGACGCACGCAAGGAAUGGUACUGGCGUGAGUGCUUACAAACACCACCAGAGGACUGGAACUUCAGGCAGGCUUCAAAAAACCUCCCCCGGCUUCCCUGAGAACCAGAAGACCUGCGCCCGACUUUGUAGGGGAGGUCAGUUCCCCGGAAAGUUUCCUGGCUGCGGCGCGCACCAUUUACAAUCCCAAGUCUACACAGGAUACUCUGAUGUCUGGCGGAAUAAUCUCCAGUGA